CCUUAUAAAAUUCACACUAAACCCAACUCCUUUCUCCUCCUUCAUUGCUCUGCAAAACCCUAAUCAACAACAAUGGACACCUCACAGCCACCGUCUGCAUCAUGCUGGAGCAGCAUAGUAAAAAAACCACCGCCACCACAACAAACCCCAAAUACCAGCUUAAACCCCACAAAUAAUGCAUUCGUGGAGAGCUGCAAAUCAUCCAAAGGUAUAUCAAUGGCAGUAAUUGACGCCAACGCUUUAAUAGAAGGCGGCGAAAGGCUUCAUAAUUUAGCUGAUAAGUUCGUUACGGUCCCUGAAGUUCUCGCCGAGAUUCGCGACCCGGUGACACGUCACCGCCUCUCGUUUAUCCCCUUCACUAUCGACUCCCUGGAGCCUUCCAGUGAUGCCCUUAAUAAAGUUAUUAAAUUUGCAAGGGCGACGGGUGACUUGCACACCCUGUCAGAUGUUGAUCUUAAGCUUAUUGCCUUGAGUUAUACCUUAGAGGCGCAAAUUCAUGGAACGAAACAAAUUAGAGAUGCCCCGCCUCCUAUUCACACAAUUAAGGUGAAGAGGCUUCCCGAGAAGGACUUGCCUGGUUGGGGUUCUAAUGUUCCGAAUUUGAAAGAGUGGGAAGAUUUAGAACAGGAAUCUGGGGAUGGACCUAAUGUUAAUUCGAGGAUUCUUCCUUUGAAAGAGAUGAGCUUGAAUACGAUUCCCGUGGAUGAUAAAUCUGAAGUUGGUUCAAUGGUUUCGGGGAGUGAAGUGCAUUCUGAGAAUCACGAAGAUGUUGAGCAUGGUUUGAGAAAGCAUAGGAGAUAUCCACCGAAGAAAAAGGAGGUAAAUAUUGAGGGGAAGAUUGUAGCGGAUGGAAUUGAUGCUUCUCAGGGACAAUUUGAUGAUAAUGCUGGUGACUGGUUGCCUGCUGUUAGUCGAAGUACUCAUAGAAGGUUUCUUAGAAGGAAAGCUAGACGUGAGCAUAAUGAGGCGUUGAUUGAAAAUGAUAGCCAGCAAGAUCUGGAUAAACAUGUGGACCGCAACAAUGUUGAUGAAACUACUAUUCUAGAUCCACAGUUAGAAACAAUGGAUGCUGAUAAUGGGAUUUCUGAGGAGAGUGAGGUGAAGAAUGAUGAUGAAGAUCUCAGUUCAAUCCUCAAUCAAAUGAGGCUGGAAGAACAUUCAUUGGAAGCUCUUCAAGAAGGGAAUGAAGUGACUAGCACUUCACCAGAGCAUGAUUUUUCUGAUAACAUAGUUCUAGAAGCUUCAGCUGACACUAAUACAGAUGCUAUUUUUGAAGAAGGUGAGGCUGAUAUUGCCAAUGAAGAACUAGAGCACUUGGAGAUCUUAAGUGAGACCAAUGAAAGUGCUGAUGUGGCACAUGGUGAUGAUGAUAAUAGUGAGCAGAGCUGGAUGCUUAGGUCCUUGUCAGAGUCCAGUGUUGCUUGUGUGACUAGCGAUUAUGCUAUGCAAAAUGUACUUCUGCAAAUGGGCUUACGGUUGCUGGCACCUGGAGGAAUGCAAAUCCGCCAGCUGCACAGGUGGAUAUUGAAAUGUCAUGCGUGCUAUACUGUGACUGCUGAAAUUGGGAGAAUCUUUUGUCCAAAGUGUGGAAAUGGUGGCACUUUAAGAAAGGUUGCUAUUACUGUGGGUGAGAAUGGAAUCGUUAUGGCAGACCGUCGCCCACGUAUCAGUCUGCGUGGUACAAAAUUCUCACUGCCUGCACCACAAGGAGGAAGGGACGCAAUGACAAAGAAUCUCAUUCUGCGCGAAGAUCAACUCCCCCACAAACUUCUUUAUCCCAAGACAAAGAAGAAAGUGAAAAAAGAGGGGGAUGACUUGUUUGCUGCAGAUGAUAUAUUUCGGCACCAUACUGAUAAAAGAUCUCCCUUCCAGCCACCGGUGAGGAAGGCGUUGGCUGUUUUCAGUGGAAGGAGGAACCCGAACGACAAUCACUACUCCCGUCCUAAGAAUUGAUGCAAAUUUUUGCAUAAUUUAGUGUGCGUGUCAUUUAGAAUUUAUGUUCCUUGUUUCAUAACAAUACAUCAUUUUUUAUACUAGCGCUGGGACAUAAAAUUUGAUGUGCAAGUUUGGCAGGGAUGAGCACAAUUUUGUUAUGGCUUUUGUGUAAUGUAAAUGAAGACCAGAUGUCUACAAACUUUUCUGCUCAAGACACUAAACACUUAUCUUCAGUUAAUACACAAUUAGGGUUCA